AGUUCGGAAAUAGCAGCUAAAGCGCCUGUUGACCUUGUCAAUGCAGAUGCAGGGUCUCCAAUGCCUGGUCAGUACAACGGUAUAGGGCGGCCGCUGCUAACCAUUCUUGUCCAACUCAACGUCUACGUACCUACAAUGCUUCUAGACCUGGCCCUGAUUGUGGAUCCCUUCCCCGGGAUAUGUAAUAGAUGCACCGCGCAAACUUCAUUCAACCGACGACUUUACCCUUCUCAACACCAUUUUAUGCCAUCAAUUCACUGUUCUUCACGGUAAAUUAGGCAGCGCUUGCCGAUUAUGCUCUUCAACUCGAAGAAAGCGAACCUCUGGUUCUCUUGCCUCAUUCCUUGCACUUGUAUGGCUGUCUACGGUUAUGAUUCCUCUACUUUCAACGCAGCGCAGGGUUCAGUCCAUUUCAUGAACUACUUUGAUAAUCCCUCUCCAUCCACUAUCGGCUCCGUCAAUACCGCGAUGAGCGUAAGCAAUAUCGUUGCAGGCGUUUUCCUGUCGGCUCUAGUCUCCGACCGAUUCGGCCGCAAAUGGAGUAUGUGGGUGGGCGCCAUACUUGUCAUCAUCUCGACCUUUGUUUCGGCGUUUACACCUCCUGUCAUCGGUGGUUUUAUCGCCGGUCGCGUCAUCACCGGUUUUGGCCAGGGAUUGAUGAUGCCAGCUGGACCAGUUUUCAUCAACGAAAUAGCACCGGCCAAUCUUCGGGGCACUAUCAUGAGCUUCUGGCAGCUCAACUUCGCUGUGGGAUCUUUUGUCGCAUAUUGGAUCAACUACGCAUGCUCCAAAAACGCCGAGAGCCUCGGAGAAUGGGACUGGAGAAUCGUUAUGCUCCUUCAAGUCUUUUUUCCUGUCAUCAUCAUUUCGGGGCUUUUCUUCUGUCCUGAGACUCCAAGAUGGUAUGUCCAGCAUGACAGAUUUGAAGAGGCAUACGAUACCCUCUUGGAAAUACGCGACGACCCAGACCUUAUUGCCCAAGAGAUGCAAGAUAUACGACAAGCCAUUGCGUUUGAAAAGAAACAGACAAACAGCACUUGGACCAGAUACAAGUUGCUGUGGACGGAUAAAUCUGUGAGGAGGCGCAUUCUCCUCGCGGCUGCUAUCAAUAUUGGACAACAACUUACCGGAAACAACUCCCUCGCAACAUACUCUACCAUCAUUUACAAAAAGGUCUUUACUUCAAAUAGUCAGAUCCAGCUUAUCAACGCCUUAGCUGGAACCUUUAACAUUCUUUUCACUCUGAAUGCCACCUGGAUGACGGAUUUCCUGGGCCGAAGACCUAUCCUCCUCAUUGGUGUUGCUGGUAUGGCAGUCUGCAUGUUUGCAGCCGCAGCCGUCGUCACCGAGACGCCGACUCUUGAGGAUGGAUCCAAGUCUUCCAGUGUAGGCAUCGCGACCGUCUUCUUGAUGUUCCUGUUUGCACUGUUCUUCAAGCCUUCUUGGGGUGCAACAGUGUGGAUCUGGACUUCAGAGAUCUUUUCCAUGAACAUUCGUGCGCAGGCCGUUGCUAUGACCACUCAGUGUCAGUCUAUUGCAAGCAUCAUUCUCCAACAAAUCUUUCCCAUAUUUCUUUCCGCGAAGGGAUUUUACGCUAUGUAUAUGUUUGGUGCUAUUAACAUUGUUCUCUUCGUCUUCGUUUGGUUCUGUAUCCCAGAAACUAAGGGGGUGUCCCUGGAGCACAUGGACGUACUAUUUGGUGGCGCAGAUCACGCAGAUGUGGGAGCUGUCAUCGUCACUGAGAAGACUGUCCGUGAUGACAUGGCUUCCGUUCAUACCACAAAGACCCCGACGGUCCGUCAGGCCAGGUAUGACAGUGCUGUGUGAGCGGAAUGGAAUUUAUAAAAUGUAGGCAUAGCAUAGCAAAGGCUAUAUAGCUUUCCGUUAUCCAGGUCAGUAGGUAAUCCAAGCAAAGAGGAGUUAAAUAAUUUUAGAUAUUUAAUAGAAAACAACUGGUUUAAAUACACCAUUCAGUACAAUUAUGCGCGACGGUACCAUAAGCCAUCAGUGAGAUCUGUCUUCAAG